GACAGAUGUUUUGGUAGUGUUCCGGUCCUGGUUCCGGUCCUGAUUCUGGAUCAGUGACCCUCUCCAUCCAGCCCCGCCCCGCCCAGCUCACUCAUUCCAAGCCGAUCUGGAGGAGCAUCAGGCGGCAUCAGAGAGACCAGCCGGCCGGAGAGGAGACGAUGGCUGCGGACCGAGGAGGAGUCCCGGACCUCUCUGGGUCCGGGUCCGGGUCCGGUGCUGCUGGAGAGCCCGCCGGCCGCGUCCCGGUACCGAUGAACCUGUUCGCGACCUGGGAGAUCGACCGAUCCUCUCCGAGCUGCGUUCCCAGGUUGUGCAGUCUGACUCUGAAGAGGCUGAUGGUGUUGAAGGAGCUGGACAGAGAGCUCAACUCCGUCGUCAUCGCCGUUAAGAUCCAGGGUUCUAAGAGGACUCUGAGAUCCAACGAGUACCUCCUUCCUCCAGACGGCCUGAUGGAAACAGACCUGGAGCUCAGCUUCUCACUGCAGUAUCCUCACUUCCUGAAGCGAGACGUGAACCGUCUGCAUGUGAUGCUGCAGAGGAGGAAGAGAUACAAGAACCGAACCAUCCUGGGCUACAAAACCCUCGCAGUGGGCGUCAUCAACAUGGCCGAGGUGAUGCAGCAUCCGACGGACGGAGCCCACAUCCUCGGUCUCCAUAGCAACCUGAAGGAUGCUUCGAUGCGCGCGGCGGAGCUGAGCGUCCAUUCUCUCACCAGCCAGCCAAUCGAACAGGAGGACACAGGCGGUCACCAUGGCAACAAGACCAAGGCCUCUGAUCGGUCUCCUGACCCGGAGAACUACUGGGAGGACGACGAGGACAGCUUCUCCUCCGAACAGGAAGGAAGUGAUGACGCGGCCGCUCCUCAGGACGUUUACGACGAUGACGACGACAUUCAGAGGAAGACGAAGAAGUCUCGCAGGAAAAUGAUUCGAACGGCCUCCCUGACUCAGCAGCCGAACUUCAAACAGAAGUUUGUGGCGCUGCUGAGAAGAUUCAAAGUCACCGAUGAGGUUCUGGACUCGGACCCGGUGGGUCAGUGUCAGGAGGUCGAGGAGGACCUGGACCUGCUGUACGACAGUCUGGAGGUUUACAACCCGAGCGACAGCGGCCCGGAGCUGGACGACAACGACAGCAUCCAGAGCACGCCCAAACCCAAACUGAGGCCGUUCUUCGAUGGGAUUCCUCAUUCGAGCUCUCAGACUGAGAUCGGUGUCGGCAGUCAGAGGAGCCAACAGAGAGAACAAACUACAGCUGCCUCAGAGUCUCCAGAGGGUCCUGGAGGCCCCGACGAGUCCAGAGGAGAGGAGGCCGGAUCCGGGGAAGUUGAGGAGGAUGUUGCCAUGGGAACAGACGCAGGUCCGGCUGCCAAACUCUGUAAAACUGAGUCCCAGACACAGAUGUCCCAAUCACCAAGUAAGACAGGAAGUCAGCUGUCUGUCUCUCUCUGCAGUAAAACAGGAAGUCAGCUGUCUCGCCAUCCUUGGAGCGCCUCCAUGAAGGACAGACAGAAUUCUAGAGGGACAGACAGAACCAGCAGCGUCGACAGCGAGACCUCGUCUGACUACAGGAUACCUCCUCCACAGGUUGCCAGGAAGUCGGUUCUGGACCAGCUGAACCACAUCCUGUUCUCUGAGGAUCAGAUCCCUGAUUCCAUCAUCCUGAUCAACACCACAGACUGGCAGGGACAGUAUCUGUCGGAGCUUCUCUUCGAUCAGCCAAUCGUCUGCACCGUCUCAGCCGCUGACGUUCAGGCCGCCUUCAGCGCCGUCAUCAGCCGGAUCCAGAGAUUCUGUAACUGUAACUCCCAGACGCCGCCCACCGUGAAGGUGGCGGUGGGCGGCGACCAGAGCUACCUGAGCACCGUCCUCUGCUGCUUUGUGGAGCAGCUGGCCAGCAAGACGCCUGAUUGGCUGAGCUACGUCCGCUUCCUCAUCCUCCCCGUCGGACCCCACCCGCUCGCCAAGUACCUGGCCUCCAUGGACAGUAAAUUCAACAGCCUGUUCAUGGACGCCGGCUGGAGGGAGCUGUUCGGACGUCUGGAGUCUCCUUCUCUUGAUCCUGUGGGUGUCGCGGGACGAGUGUCUCAGUAUCUGAGCGGAGCUGCUGUUUCUCACCUGUGUCCGAUCUCAGAGGCCAUGCUGACCUGCAAACACAAGAGCCCCGACGACGACUCCUGUCAGAAGUUUGUCCCUUUUAUCGGGCUGGUGAAGGUCGGCAUCGUGGAGCAGAACCUCCGGUCCACCUCAGUCGACUCUGAUGACAUCAUACUGGGAUCUCCUCCCGCCCAAUCAGGAGCACCGAUCAGCAUCACCUCCACCCCUCCUCCCUCCCCCUCAACCAGCUGCCCGGGGGAGGUGAUGGGUCUGCAGGUGGACUACUGGAGCGGUCAGGGUGGAGGAGGAGGAGGAGGAGGAGGAGGAGGAGGAGCAGCAGGAGGAGGAGGAGGAGGAGGAGGAGGAGAGCGGAGGAGGGAUGGGGGGAUGAAGAACACUCUGAAGAGCAACUUCCGCUGUCUGCAGGUGUCGAGGAUCAGCGGAGGAGAGCUGAUGAGCAUGACGGUGGUGAGGAAGGAGAAGAACAAGAAAGUCAUGUUCCUCAGUAAGAAGACGAAGGAGAAGGAGGCGGAGUCGAGGAGUCAGCUGAUUGAAGGAAUCAGCAGACUGAUCUGUACCUCCAAACACCAACACACACUGAGAGUCUCUAUAGACGGAGUCGAGUGGAACGACGUCAAGUUCUUCCAGCUGGCGGCUCAAUGGCCGACUCACGUCAAACACUUUCCUAUCGGGAUCUUCAGCUACAGCAAACCAUGAACUCCUCCUCUUCAUCCUCUUCCUCCUCUACAUCCUGAAACUUCUCCUCCUCCUCCUCCUCCUCCUCCUCUUCCUCUUCAUCCUCCUCCUUUUCAUCCUCCUCCUCCUCCUCCUCCUCCUCCUCCUC